GUUCUCUCUAAAAUCUAGUUUAAUGCAACACAAGAUAUCACUCGUAUCUAGAGAGUUUAAUUUAAUUAUUUUUUUGUCUCUCCCAUCAUCUUAAACUUAGGUCGUAUCGGUCCCUCUGUACUCGAGGGUCCUUUAUAGUUUUUUCUAUUAUUCAGUGCGAAAUGUAGUGGCAUGGAGCACAAAUGCCCAAGGAUAGUGAUCAAUACCUACUCAACUGUUACCAAGUUACUUCGAAAAAUUAACGCGGGUGAAGAAGAAGACUGGACCGGUAAUGGUGAAGAAAGGAAAGGUGACGAAGAAAAAUCGGUAGCAGAAAGAGAGGAGAAAAAGAUUAGGCAGCCGGAAAAUUCUGCACCAGUAGCGAAACCGGAAAUAGCACAAGGUUUGUCACCGUACGCUUGUGGUCCCUGUGGGAUAAGAUUCUCUUCGCCUAGCACCCUGGAGGCCCAUCAGGCCUACUACUGUUCCCAUAGGCCUCCCUCUACUUCAAGGGUGGACGGCGACAGUGGUGAAGAUAAAGAAGAAAGCGGUUGCGAAUCAGAACCAGGUCCAAAGAGUCCACGCUCUGGUCGCCUCUACCGGUGCCCUCACUGUUCCUACUCCGCUGACAAAAGGGUCAGCCUCAAUAGGCACAUGAGGAUACAUGGUGGUUCUCCUGGGUCCGUUGCACCCGAGCCUAUUUCACCAGAAAGGAUCGAUAGGUACUGCCAAGACUGUGACAUCAGGUUUUCCUCCAGUAAAACCUUCCGAGCACAUAAACUACAUUACUGCAGCACGAGACACAAGAAGCCAGGUGGGGAAGGUGCUGAAGGAGACACUCCAUUUCUCGCUCUACCAACCAACCCGAUACUCAUUGUCCCUUAUUCCUUAUUUGAGGGAGCGAGUUUAGUGAGUGGUGGAGGCGCACUCCCACCAACUGAUACCGCUUGUUUACUCUUGCCUGACGGAAGUCUUCAGCCAAUGGCUCAAGCUAUUCCGAGGCCGCUUUCAGAAAAAUCAAGGCCCACUUCAACGUUUUCUUCACCUCCUCAGGUUGAAAAGCCUGUAGUAGAAAAAGAUCCCAAGCGUGAGGGCUCACCUUUAGACCUUAGUUGUAAAAGAACCGAAGAGGUAGAUGAAGAUGAAAAAGAAAACAGGCAAGAAAAUCGGGAAACUGAAGACAUUGUCUGUGCACCCUCCAUUCCAGCUCUGUUAUCUGCAUCAUCUACAUGCUCUUCACCUCCUGUUUCUCCAGCAUCCUCUAAACAACAAUCUACCAGUCCUAAAUCUCCAAGGCCCAAUGGAUCUCGGACUGAACCAGACUUAAGUUUACAAGGACUUCUUUUAGCUGCUGUUUCUGCACAGCAUGUUCCUCCUGAAUUUCUGCCACAUCUGUCAGCUAUGUAUUCACGGUUCAAAACAAAACCACCUAUUCCACCGAUCCCUAUCAUUCCACCAGAUUUAGCUCUUAGGUUAGCAUCUGCUGAACUACCCCCACCUGCCCCACCACAAGUCCUUGUCAAACAAGGGGAUUCUAAGUGCCAAGAGUGUAAUAUAGUAUUUUACAAGCAUGAAAACUAUAUAGCACACAAGAAACAUUAUUGUUCUGCAAGGAAGACCGAGGAUAAAACUCCAAGUCCUGUGGUUCCGUCCCCUCCUUUGUCAGCUUCUCCUAAAGAAGCGUCAAAAAGCCCAGUAGGACCAUCAACUUCUAAAACAAUGUACCAGUUUAUCUGCGCAGCAUGUGGAAUAAAAUUUACUUCUUACGAUAAUCUUGCAGCACACCAGACCUAUUACUGCCCAAAAAGAAAUUCUGUGGAUAAUGACAAGCCAAGAAAAUGUCCAAAAUGUAAGGUUGCAUGUAUCGGACCAGAUCAUGUAUGCAGUGCCAAUAUUAGUACAGGCUGGAAAUGUCCAUGCUGCCCUCUAACAAGCCCUACAGCAAGUGCAGCACAAAAACACAUGGAUACACACAUUGGAGUGAAAGCAUUUUUGUGCACUAUUUGCAACUACAAAGGAAAUACGCUUCGAGGAAUGAGAACGCACAUCAGGCUCCAUUUUGAUAAAAGGCCAGCAGACGUUAAUGAAGAAAGCUUCAUUACUUGUAUAGUAGAAGAUCCAGUAGCACAGCCUAUGGAUACAACAUCAGAAGAAGAUUCUCGAGUUUCUCCCAAAAAUGACAAAUGUAAUGGGGAAGAAGUCAAGGUGAAAGAAGAAGCUAAAGAAGGAGAAGAUGAAGAAGAAGAAUACAUAGAGGUCGAGGAUGUAUCUGUUAAAGCUGAACCAGUGGCUGUAAAAGCUGAAGAAAAUGAUGAACCUCAAGAAACAGCUGACGAUCUUUCACUUAACAAUAAUAAAAAGUCAGGCCCUCGGUACUGCAAGUCUUGUGACAUCUCAUUUAAUUAUCUCUCUACCUUUAUAGCCCAUAAGAAAUUUUAUUGUUCUUCACAUCUAGGUGAAAACCCAAACAACGCUAGUAAUAAUAACAAUAGACCAACAGGAACACCUGUUACAUAGCUAUUUAAGUUUUCUUAAAAUCUGUUCCAAUUUUUGCCACCCAAAGAAUUAAGAUGUAUAAUAAAAAGUAGAUAAAUAUUAUUAAUUUUGUUUUAUCCAAGGAGCUUCCCAAGAAAUUUUCUAUAUUCAAAAACUUUUUUAAUUGACUGUAUUAUAAUUAUUGUAUGUAAUGUUAAUAGUAAUUAGAUUUAAGUAUUGUUUUCAUUCCAAUAAUAGUUUUUGCUUCCAAAGCUAUUUAUUGUUUAUUGUGAGGAAUGUAAUUCUCAAUUUUUUUUCUAAUGUGAUUUAUGUGUAACUUUAUAGUUCCCCCUUUUAUAGACUAUUUAAAUAUGCUACAUGUAUAUAAAAAUUAUUGUUAUUAUAUGUGAUAGGAAUAAAUCUUAGUAAAACUAUGAAUAUUGUGAAAGCAACUAGUAUAAUAAUAGCUGUUAUCAACAUUUAUUAUAUCUUACUUAUACAUUUUAUAAAAUUAACUUUUGACUGAUGUGAUUGAAAACUGGUGUCCGAUUCUCUUAUUAUUUAUUGGUAAUUGCCAUAUUACUACAUCAUCAAUCUCUGUUACUGUUUUUUCCUGUUAUUUACAAAAUAAGUUUUCAAAAUAAUGAACUAAAGAAAAAAUAUUUAAAACAAAUAUUUCGUAAUGGCCAGUAUUAAUAUGUAUCCUGUACAGUUUGGUGUUGUGUUUUGUGUAAGAAAAAUAGUAAUUAAUUAUUGCUAUAGAUGUAACUAUAGUUGAGGAAAUUGAAUUAUCAAUACCUCUCAAAGUGUCAGUAUAUAAAAUGAAUUGUAUGUAAGAGUGUAAAAAAAGUGAUAAGAAAUGUGCAAUGAUCCAUUCCUCAUGUUUCCAGUCUUUUUAUGUCUCAAUAUAUUUGAAAUAUUAUGAUUGUUACCUGCAAUGUAAUACUGGAUACAUAGGCGAUAGUUAAUCUUUGUAAUCCAUAUAGUCUUCAAAUAUCCAUGUUACAUAGGAAAAUAUACUUAUAUUUGUAAUGAUAAAUACAUGUUAUAUGAUUGUCAAUCUACAAACAUAUAACUCAAUCAUAAACAUUAUAAUAGGCCCAAAAAGACAAUAAAAUAAUUUAUUUCUAUUUA